AGUCUCUUUUGAGCGCGCGACGCUUCGACAUACUUUGUCCCACAGAAAAUGGGUUUCCGAAUCAUAUCGUUUUCACGAAACGCUUUAAUGCAAGAAUAAAUUAAUAGCUUUAUUACCUACUUUUAAAGAAAAAAUAUGUUAUGUGCUCAUUUUUUAUAACACACGUUUCUUUACAAAUUACACUUGUGAUUUUUUUAUUCUUCUAUGAGGUGCAAAUUAAAUAAUGAUACUGGCCGAUGUGCGCGAGUAUAGCUGAAACGCCGACGUCGCUUGCAAGGGGCGUCCCUACUUACAAAAAAUGCGCUGGAUAUUUCCUGUCCCAGUUUCAGUACUCCUCAUGUCGUGGUUUGGAGUGGAACAAGUAAAAGCGAAUUCCUGCAUCAGAACCGCUCGCACAAUAUAUUGCUACGAGUGUGACAGUUGGACGGAUGUACGCUGUAAAGACCCGUUCAACUACACAGCAUUGCCGCGCGACCAGCCGCCAUUGCAGACUUGCAACGGCUGUUGCGUCAAAAUGGUCCGGUACUCCAAGAGCCCGUACGAGGUCGUCAGACGUACGUGCACAUCGCAGCUCCAAAUCAAUUUGUUUAUGGUCGACCACGUUUGCAUGAUGGAAAGUACUGGCACGGGCCACAUGUGUUUCUGUGAGGAGGACAUGUGUAACGGAGCGGGGGCGCUCACCUCGACGCUGCUUCUCACACUGACGCUAGCAUGUGCAUGCCUGAGGUGAAGUAGAUUAGAUUACAAUCACCGUCAAAUAAAAAAAGCUCUGUUUCACAGCGGAGGGGAUGGAUCUGCGCACGCGUCUUAGUACCAGUGUUGUUGCGAUAGCUAUAGAUUCGUUAUCGAUAGUUGACCUUGAAAAGAGUCGCACUGCCGCUAGAACUAUCGAAACUAAUCAGUACGUUAGUAUCGAGCGAGAAAUAAGUAAAUAUUUGUUGUAUCGAUAUGCUAUGGAUAUUUAGCCGUGUAUUACUUAUUUUUGACACUCAAUAUUAUUUAUAAUAUUGUCAAGGGUGAUAUUUUUGAUAGGACAAUCGAUAGUUCGACUGAUUUCCGAAACAAUACUAUUGAUAGACUAUUACUAUCGCAACAACACUGCUUAGUACAAGUUAAGACGUCUAUACUUAAUUCUACUACGUAAGAUAUUAAGUGUGAUAUUAAGAUUGUCACAUAAACUCUUGACGAGGUAUAUAUCAGGUAUAGACUACGCUUCUAUGCGCACUUCCAUUGAAUGUGAAAAGAUUAGUGCUCUUUUUAUCUGACGGUAAUUAAGUGAUUCGGUCGACCGAUCAGCCGCCUUAUUCGCAAACGAUGGGUAAUUCGAUAAAAACUUACAAGAUAAUCGUUUAACACACGGUUAUACUCGUACGCUGUUUAUGCUCUAUGAUUGACUGUCACCAAUCAAACGAUAGAUGUAAAUAUUAAUUCAAAGUGAAAUUACCGUUCGUUUUUGAACAAUUCGGUUGGAUUUCGUUCAGUGCAAUAGGCGAUGUGAUUCUUCCAUUGUAUUUCUCUUGCUGAUGUCAAAGCUAAGUAAUAAAGUAACCAAAUUUAAGUAUGAUUUUAAACUGGUUAAUAUUAUUAUUAAAAUAUUACAAACAGCAUUACCGAAUAAUUACCGUUUUUAUGAAAGCAGUCAUUGGAAAUGGAGGGAAACGUCGCUUACUAAUAGCCUAAUAAAAAAACUAAUCAGUUUGUGAAACGAAAUGAUUAAAAUGUAAAAGUCAAGUGAAGUUAUGUUUAUACCUGAUCAACAGUUCAGUGUUUCUUUAACAUUAAACUAAAAGGAAAUAUUCUUUAAAAAGAUUUCCAUGUGUCGAUAAAAUUAAUAUCGAUAAUUAUGUUUAUCACUAAAUCAGAAACAAAUAUUUUUAGAUGACAGUUAUACUCAUAACUUUACAGUGACGUUUCAUAUUUUCUUAAAAAAUAAACUUUCAUAAGCAAAAGUAGGAAUAUUAUUUGCUCACAAUUUCCUUUAAAUCAAUCAAUUUGAAUAUGGCUUAUACUAUAAUCAGUGAAAUUGGUUGUUCUUACAAAUAAUUGGCCUGUUAAAUUAGAGCUAUGUUUCCUAGGAAUGCUUAUUGAAAAUUAUAUAAUAUAUAUCUAGGAUUAUUUCUGGCGUGGCAACAUAAACUUGAAAGUAAAUUUAUCAAUAUAUAAAUCAUGUAACAUAUAUAUGCUACAUUUUUUUACCUUACAUGCAAUAAAAUGAGCUUUAAAUUUCACAAUUCAGAUGUUGCGCCAAAAUAAUAUUCAUUAGUGCACGAAAACAAAGUUAAUCGAUCGACUGAUUCAAAGAAGUAAGACCCUAGUAAAUACUUAUUUAUAAUCUUCGUCCAAUAGUAGCCGUAGAUUAGUUACAUAAUUUAAAAUGUGCUUAGUUUUUACACAGCCGACUUCCACUGCAUAAUCUUAGCAAUAAAUUUCAUUGGUUUUAAUAAACAUUAAUGACGUUCUGCAAAAAUUAAGCACAAUUUUUUCAUUCGAGUCAGUUCUCACUUUCAGCAUUUUGCUCUUGAUUAUUUCCUAAUUAAGAAUACCAUUUCAAACUAGCAUUUUGGUAAUGCGAAAAAUGAAAAAUUCCAACAUUUAAAUACCUAAUCUAGCAUGUAAAUAACGCUCAGUCACAUAGUGAUGCGAAACACACGUUUACUGAAUCGAUAAAUCAAAUGAAUAAUAUUUUACAAUUUCUCUCCGCGAUGCUUUACUGAUUGGUCCAAAUUUAGACCAAGAUGGAUUUGCUCAUAGAUGCACUUUAAAAUAGAUGUGGGGCACAUUAGUUAAAGACGUGAGAUUUAAGUGAGAAUACUAGCGAGAACUGCCGUUUAAGUAGACGGAAAAGGUUUUAAUUGUAAUUCGUAAUAAAAAUAGGUUAGCAAUAAAAUAUCGCCAUAGGAACGAAUACAUUGCGAUAAAAAUAAUAAUGGUUGUGUUUUCAUUUUAUAUGUAGUUUUGACAGUAUGAAGGUCAUUUUGAUUAACGUCAAGCUAUUCGUUGUCUUUCUCCAGUAGUUUUAUAGGGACAAGGACAAGACAUAGUCUGAUAGUGACACGAAUGACCAAUAAUAUAGAGACACUUAGUUACCUGAAAGUUUUGAUAUGUAUAAGGUACUAAUCCACAGAUGAAAUAGAUGGAACUGUCCAAGCGAAUAAGCUCAUUGUAGACGAAUGACUUAAUUUUUUAACUGGAAUACAAAAUAUUAGUUUUUGGUAUAAAAACUAAUCGAUCUAUUCCAAAUUAUAAUGCGGAAUUUUAUAGAAUCUAAUGAAUUUUUAAAAUCAUAUUUGUACUAUAAAGUAUAAAACAAAAUAUACAUAUAAUAACAAACAAAUGGUUUCAUAGUCGUAUGCUUCCACCAAAAUUUAAACAGAGGAGCGGCCUACAAAUCUCGCUAUAACUCUAGCCGUAGCUAUAAGAAUGUUCUUUUAUUCUAUCAAUGAAUAUGUUAAGAUUCUUAAACAAUGUUCUUGUUUUAUUAUUUACAUAUUUAAUGAAUGUUUUUGGUUGUUUUAAUUUACUCAAUUACUAUAAGAGAGUAAGACUAAAUUUACAAAAUGACGAGUUUGGACAAACAAAGAUUUCGAAAAUAGAAAUCAACCAAAAUGUUUGAUGAAAUGUGUAAAUAAUAAAAACAUUUAAUUUUAAACGAAUAUCAACAGAUUAAUUGAUAUUAUGAAAAAUAAUAAAGCGGUUUUAUAGCUAUACCUAUAAUCAAAGAUAGGCGGUCGCUUUGCUGGACAAAAUGUGUAUGUAUCGGCUUUCUAUGAAUUAUUUUAAAAAUUCCCAUUGAUUCUUUGUCUGAUAAAGUUAUUCCCUAAUUAAUUAUUGCUAAACAGAUAGAAAUGAACGGAGAUGCAUUAUACUUAAAUCAAGUUGAUCGUUUGUCUAAACCUUAAAUAUUUCAGUGUGGUUUGCUUACGGAUGAAUUAGUUA